CUGAGUGUCCCCGACACUUGGGUUCCGUGGCCGUAGAUGUGCACGGGAGGAGAGCUCGGGCACCGGAUACCUAGGCUCUGGGACGGGCCAGGGACUUCGGAGGGGGGAGCGUUGGAGACACUUCUCGUGUUGCCGCCUUCCAAGCCUCGACCACCAGUCCCAUCAUGGACUUCACCGACACCCGCUCCAGCUUCCAGUCCGACCUGGACUUCUGCCCGGACUGCGGCUCGGUGCUGCCGCUGCCGGGGGCUCAGGACACGGUCACCUGUGCUCGCUGCGGCUUUUCCCUCCACGUGCGCGAUUUCGAAGGGAAAGUCGUGAAAACGUCCGUUGUGUUCCACGAAUUGGGCGCUGCCCUGCCCCCGUCGGUGGAAGAGGGUCCAGAGUUCCAGGGACCCGUGAUUGACAGACGCUGCUCUCGAUGUGGUCACGAGGGAAUGGCUUACCACACCAGGCAGAUGCGUUCAGCUGAUGAGGGACAGACCGUCUUUUACACCUGUACCAACUGCAGGUAAGUAUUCGCUUCUUACCCUCCGACAUUUGCCCUCUG